CGUAUUGCUUCUUCUACCACCUAUAAUAAUCCCAAUCGUUACCCAACAUGAGGCUUAAGAUCUUGGUGGCGCUUUUCUUAUUCUUUAUUGUAUUGGGAGUAUUAGGAUUUACACCAAUUCAAUUAUACAACGUAAAUGACAAGAUUCUUCAUUUUGUCAUGUUUUUCAUCUUAGCUACCUUUUUAUACUUCUUAUGGAACCUUUCAAUAAAACGGAAUAUUUUAUUGGCGACUGGUGUAUUCCUUAUAUUAGCUAUUGGGAGUGAGUUUUUACAAGGCUUACUACCGGUAAAGAAUAGCCGUAAAAACGAUAUAGGACAGGAAAGAGAAGAAUUUAGAACUUACACAUAUAACCUAUACUAGUAUCGCACUUUUGACGCACAGGAUAUAAUGGCUAAUCUACUAGGAGGAGCAGCGGGUAUCGGAAUUUCUUCGUUGACAGAGUUUCUGAUUCAACGGAGAAGAGAGAAUAAAAGAAGGUUUGGCGGUAGACGAGAAGCUGAAUAUCAAAGUGCGCUAAUGGACGACU